AUGAACGUUCUUAGUUACUUGCUUUGGCUGGUAAUUUAUUCGAUACUCCUCCUGAGCCUUUCCCUCGCAUUUAUUCGAAAGUCCCAUUCGGUUGUAACAAAUUUUAGUUUGUUAAAGAGGGCGCAGGGUGGGAAUUGCUAUCAUCUGAUAAGCAGUUAUGCUAAGAGAAGGAAGUCGCUUCAGCUGCUCCCUCCAAAUGGUGAUAAGGACAGAUGUGUGAGAAGAUAUCAUAUCCUUUACUCCCCUGAUGAACGGGGGGGGGACCAUCACCAUGGGGGUGGCCAUGGACAUGGGGGGAAAUCUGAAUUUGUUCAGAGCUUCAACAAAAGGAACUGCUUUUUAAAACCAGCAAUUUUUGCAAAAAGGCAACAACAUAAAUUGUGGGCACAUGGAGGAGAUUCUUUAAAGCAGGUCGUGCAGCAUGCGACGGAGGAGGGUGUAAAGGGAGCAGGCACAAAUAGGGAGAAGCCCCCCCAUGAAGAAGUAGAAUCUACUCAUUGGGAUGACCAAUUCGACCUUAUUAGCAACCAUAUAUUAGUUAGUAAAAAUAGGAAAUCCAUAAAAGAUCUCAUGGAAGCAGGAAUUUGGGGAACCCCAAAAGAGAAUAUCAAAAUGAUUAGAGAGAGGACAAACAAAAAAAUAAAUUGGAAUUACAUUUUAAAAAAAAAUAAUAAACUUUUAAAUGAUAAUGUUGAUCAUAUAUACAAGGAAAUUUACAACAAAGAAAACGUGGAUGAUAUUUUUUUCGUGUUCGAUACCAACCCCUAUAACUAUUUAAACAUCACUAUGAGUGUCUUUUCUCUGUACAAAAUUACCGCAAGUUAUUUGAAUGAAAGAAGACAGAGAGUGGGGUCUUCCCUUAAAGGAAAGAAGGUCGACGUGUUGUCAUUAGAUGAACCAAGUAAGGGUGCACUGAAUGUAGUCCGGCCGAAUGAUAAUUUCUUCACCAUGGACGGAGGUGGAGAGGAUACCUACGGAGAGGUAGACGAUCGAAAUAUUCUCAAGAUGAAAGAAGAAAGGAAGAGACUGAAUUACAUCGUACGCAACAGGAAUUUUAUGAGAAUAAUAGGUAGCAUAAACAAGCAUCUAAAAAUUAUAUAUAAAAUAUUUUCUACCAAUGAAAAGUUAACAAGGUACGAAAAAAACAAAGACAUGUACAAAUAUAUUCCGUACAUAAAUAUCAAGGACAUCAUCACCAUUUUGAGAUGUUUCUCUAUUUUGAAGUUGGAGCACACGAAUAUUUUUAAGUAUAUAUAUUUUUUCCUGGUUUUUUUUAUGGACGAGUUCGAUAUGUUUCUUCUGUGUGAGGCGGUGUACCUUUGCUUGGUGAAGAAGAUUUACGUGCGCCCCCUCUUCCUCAACUUUUCGAAGCACCUUUUGAGGUACCUGCGUAGGGGCGAUAAAGGAUGCGCUGAGGGGGGCAGUACAGAACCUGUUGGGGAUGUCACAAAGGAUGGUUCAAACGAUGCCGCUAUCGGGAUCGGUGGUGACCAGGCCGCACUGUAUAAUGAAGUAAACUUGGAAACCUUCUGUCGCAACAUGGAACAGGCUCUGCGAAGGAAGGAUCCCGAACCCGAUCACUUUGCUUCUUCCCCUUUUCACAUGAAACAUUUCACUUACUCUAUAUACCACGAUGCGAACUACUCCUCCUUAAACAGCUCGCAAGAUGAACUAUUGAAGGAAAAGGCACGAAUAAGUGAUGACAUGAAGAACAAAUAUUCUGCCCAGGAUUUGAGACACGCCAAAAAGGAGUUUAUCGAUUCAGACCAAGUACAGACCAAAUCCAGCGAACCCACAAAAGUGAAAUCUCCCCCGGUGGUGGAUACUGGACGCAUCUGCUUCCCUGUAUACUGUGUGUACACUCUGUGCAAGUUCCCCUACACAAAUGUACAAAUAUUAAAUAUGAUAAUAUCAGAAAUUAUGGAAAAAGCAUCAGAGCUAAGCAUCGAAGAACUAAUCCUAUCAUUUUACAGUCUUGCUGAGUUGGAGGUGGAUGAUCGAAAAUUUUUGAAUGUUCUGUUUCUGCGAAUUUUUAAGUGUCUUCAUUUUUUAGAUUACAGAAAUAGCGGCCUGGUUACGAAGCUGAUAAGAGCGUUGUACUUGGUUGAUGGAGAUAUUUCUGCUCCCCCCGGUGAAGAGAAACGUUAUCAACAGGUAAAAACACUCAUGAUUCACUACCUAUCGAAAAUGGUCCUUCAUAAUCGAAACAAUUAUACGCCGAUCGAAUUGGUAGACAUCAUUCGGUACAUGUCAGCCUUCUCAUACAUCGACAAGGAGUUUUUCAAUUUUGUCUAUGAGAUGCCGUUUUUACAAAAUUUGAAUCAAGACGCGUUGGAUUAUUACAAAAACAACAUCUACUUUAAUCAGUCUUAUUAUGCCUACACGAAGGACAGCAGCGUCAACACCCCAAUCGAGAUAAUGGUGUGCAAGCUGUAUCAGUCAUACUUGGCGUAUCGUGCGUGGGGGAUGAAGACACCCCAGAUGGAUGAUUUGCCCGCCUUGGAAUCCAUUCGCUCGAACAACGACAAGGUGAACCCAUUUAAAUAUGGACCAAAGCUACUGGAGCUGUUCAAACAGACCUACACAAACAACAUGCGCAUAUCUUCGUACAGUUCCUCCUCGCUGCACUACGAAAUAGUAGACAUAAUUAAAAAAGAUUUAAAGAUACCGUGCCAUGUAGAAUAUGUGACAGACAAGGGGCUAUUCAUUGACAUUGUCAUACUGCGCAAGGACUUGAUUAAAUUGGAUACUUCUUUUUCUCGACUUCGUGACAUCGCCAUAGAGGUGAAUGGUCCAUUCCACUACAAGACCAAGUCAUACAAUGGGGGAGUUCCUCCACUCAACACGAAAACGGUCGUCAAGCAAAGGCUGCUCGAGCAUGAUAAGUGGCACGUCAUCUCGCUCCCCUUUUGGGAGGUGAAGCCAUGGUUCACCAAGAGCAGGAAGGAAAACUACAUCAUGCGAGUUCUUCCAAAUGAACUGAAGUCCUUUUUCAGUGACAAAGUCCAGGCGUCUUAA